GGAAACUUCAGGCCCCCGUUCAGAUUCUCUAACAGUCUUACCUCACCCAUUACGUCAGCCCAGACAAACCCCCCACUCUGCUACUAUAAAUCAGACCAUCUGCAGUCCCAUUCUUCAUUUCCUCUCUUAGAGUACUAUCAUUCAUUCUCUUAGCUUCACACAUAAUUUCUCAUCCAGAAAAGAGAAGAGAAUGGCAAAAUCACCGGAGCAGGAGCACCCCACCAAGGCCUUUGGAUUGGCAGCCACUGACCCAUCUGGCGUCCUCUCCCCCUUCAAAUUCUCCAGAAGGGCAACCGGGGAAAAGGACGUAAGGUUCAAGGUGCUCUACUGUGGAAUAUGUCACUCCGAUCUACACAUGGUCAAGAAUGAAUGGGGUUCUUCCACCUACCCUCUAGUUCCUGGGCAUGAGAUUGUAGGCAUAGUGACAGAGGUUGGAAGCAAGGUGGAAAAGGUUAAAGUAGGAGAUAAAGUUGGUGUUGGGUGUAUGGUUGGAGCUUGCCACUCUUGUGAUAAUUGUGCUAAUGAUCUAGAGAAUUACUGCCCCAAAAUGAUAUUAACCUAUGGUGCCACUUACUAUGAUGGAACCACCACAUAUGGAGGCUACUCGGAUGUCAUGAUUGCUGAGGAGCGCUAUGUGGUUCGAUUCCCGGACAACCUUCCUCUUGAUGCCGGUGCUCCCCUCCUAUGUGCUGGGAUCACAGUGUACAGCCCCUUGCAACAUUUUGGAUUCACCAAACCUGGAAUGCACAUAGGUGUGGUUGGCCUAGGUGGGCUGGGACAUGUAGCAGUGAAGUUUGCUAAGGCUUUUGGGGUUAAGGUGACAGUGAUCAGUACUUCCCCUAGCAAGAAGAAGGAAGCCACAGAACACCUUGGUGCUGACUCCUUUCUAGUCAGCCGUGACCCAGAUCAGAUGCAGGCUGCCUUGGGCACAAUGGAUGGCAUCAUUGAUACAGUCUCUGCAGUUCACCCUCUUUUUCCAUUGAUUGGUUUGCUGAAAUCUCAUGGGAAGCUAGUUAUGGUUGGUGCACCAGAUAGACCACUUGAGCUACCAAUCUUUCCUUUGCUUAUGGGGAGAAAGAUAGUAGCUGGUAGCUGCAUAGGAGGGAUGAAGGAGACACAGGAAAUGAUUGAUUUUGCAGGAAAACACAACAUAACGGCAGAUGUUGAGGUUAUUUCAAUCGACUAUGUGAAUACUGCCAUGGAGCGACUCCAGAAGGCUGAUGUUAGGUACCGGUUCGUGAUAGACAUUGGCAACACAUUGAAAGAUGCCUAAGACAAGUUGGCUGGAGAAUCACCCCUGGAAAGAUGAGGAUUGAUUUAGUGUUUUCAGUGGUGUUUCAAUUAUUUACCAAAGCCUUGGCUUUAUUAUACCAAGAGUACUGUUAGCAUAUCUUUUAAUACGAUUAGUGCAUGUGCCUCGUAUGAUGUUUGAUAUCCGUCCUAAGAAAGUUGUAUUACCACUUAAUUGAAAUGACUGUACCAGUGAGCAUAUCAUUUUGCGUUGAUGUUAAAGACUAGUGAAGAAGCUAAAAAUACUCACGAGAGAUGGUGCCAUUUGAACUGCAA